UCGAACGUGUGCGCGCGCGUGUGGGGGCGAGUGACUCUUGUAUAAAACCUCUCCCUGAGGGCACAGAGACACGGAGUAGAGUGAGUGCGUUCCUCUUUACUUUUCCUUGAAGACAUCUGUGUAACAAGAGGAAACCUCUCCAGCUCGGACGAUGAUGUUUCCCUGCAGCGCUCUGCCGCCUCACUUUUACCCGGGCUUGCUGCGUCCUCCUGCGGCUCUCUGCUCUCCCCCGACCCGGUCACUGCCCUCGGGCUUCCUGGGAGAAGAUCUCCUCCGACUGCACCAGCCUGUCAGCCAUAUACACGGAACUUUCUCCGCCAGAGGUCCCGGGGACCUCCUUCCUCUCAGUCCGCGGCCGGGCGCGUCUCCCCGUGCGUUAAUCCAGAGCUUUCAGGCCAAGUGCUUCCCUUUGCCUUUCUUUGAUGGAGGCCUCUAUCCCUUCAUCAGAGCUGCCUAUUUCACAGCCCCCUCAGUGGUUCCUGUCCCGGGAACCUUUUCAUGGCCCCUGGCCCCCAGAGGGAAGCCCCGCAGAGGCAUGCUGCGGCGGGCUGUAUUCUCCGACCUCCAGAGGAAGGCCCUGGAGAGAACGUUCCAGAGGCAGAAAUACAUCAGCAAACCAGACAGGAAGAAACUUGCCAGUAAACUGGGACUGAAAGACUCCCAGGUGAAGAUCUGGUUUCAGAAUCGCAGGAUGAAAUGGAGAAACUCCAAGGAGAGGGAGCUGCUGCUGACGGGCGGCUGUCGCCAGCAGACCCUCCCCACCAAAACCAACCCCCACCCAGACCUCACUGAUGUCAGCAGCACCUACUGCCACAGACUGGACAGGACUGCACCCACCAGCCGAACACAGCUGGCCAGCCAGAAGUCACAUCUUCAACACCAGCAGCAUCAUCGCAAUCCUUUCUCUCCAUCAGAGUCCAGCAAACACUCAGAGCUCUCCGAGUCCGAUGGUGAAGAAAUCACAGUUUCAUAAGAGCUUGACAGAAGAGUCAUGACAUGGUGAAAAAAAUAAAUUUAUAGAAGAAGCUAGUGGAUGGAAGCAAAUGUCAGAUCUGCUCUGUACAUACCUGUUCAGCUCCCCCGCCAUAUUUCUGU